GUGCUGGCCCCAGCACGACUCGUUCCGCAUGAGAGUGCCGAUGUACGAGAACAGCCGCAGGCACGUCAUUUGGGACCACCGCUUCAGGAGGUGGAUGGUGAUGUGGUACCGCCACGGCAUCCAGGUCUUCCGCACUUUCAGCGCGAGGGGCAGGAAGUUCGAGCAGGGCCGGGCCUACGCCAUCCUCUUCUACAAGUCCCUGAAGAACGCCGGGAAGCUAG